AUGAACCCCCCCGGGUGCAGAUCCGCGGAUUUUAAUUCAAUCUCUGAUAUUGGGGCAAAUUUCUCUUCCAGGGUCGAGAAAGCGUCUCAUCACCGUCGUGCCGAGUCUUGUGAUGGCGUCGACGGAUAUCAAUGCUUCACCGAUAUUUCUCACCGCUGGGGCCAAUACUCCCCAUAUUUCUCUGUUGCAGGUGACACCGUCUCAAACUCUGUCCCAGAAAAAUGCGAAGUCACUUUCGUCCAAGUCCUAUCCCGACAUGGCGCUCGGUAUCCAACGGCCUCGAAGAGCUCGAAGUAUGCCAAGUUGAUCAAGACUAUCCAGGCCAACGCCACGGCAUUUCACGGCAAGACAGCCUUUCUCAAGUCAUACAACUACACUAUGGGCAGUGAUGACUUGACUUCCUUUGGCGAGCGCCAAAUGGUCAACUCGGGCAUCAAGUUCUAUGAACGAUACGCCGCCCUGGCGCGGGACCAUAUCCCAUUCGUUCGAUCAUCAGGCUCAUCUCGCGUCAUCGAGUCCGGCCAAUACUUUAUCCAGGGACUCCAGCAAACCAAAGAAAAGGAUACCAGCGCAAAAUCCAACCAGGCCUCUCCAACCAUCAACGUUGUCAUUUCUGAAGAUACAGGAUCAAACAAUACCCUCAACCACAAUACCUGUCCAGCCUUCGAAGCCAGCGAGCUCGGCGACGAAAUCGAAGACGCAUACACAAACCAAAUUAGCCCUUCAAUUGCCACACGCCUUGAAAAGAGCCUACCAGGUAUAUCUCUAACCGAUGACGAAGUCAUCUAUCUAAUGGACAUGUGCCCCUUCGACACAAUCUCCACCACCACAGACGGAAGCAUCCUAUCCCCUUUCUGCAACCUAUUCACAUCCUCAGAAUGGAGCCAAUACAACUACCUCCAAUCACUCGGCAAGUAUUACGGCUACGGCGCCGGAAACCCCCUAGGUCUCACGCAAGGAGUGGGCUUCGUCAACGAAUUGAUCGCGAGAAUGACACACAAGCCCGUGCACGACUCAACGUCAACAAACCGCACCCUCGAUGCACCAGGUUCGGCUUCAUUCCCGGUGCACAAGGCAAUCUAUGCGGACUUUACGCACGAUAAUGGCAUGAUUCCGAUCUUUUUUGCGCUGGGUUUGUAUAAUGGUACCAGCCCGCUCUCGACUGAGCAUGUUCAGUCUGCGGCUGGUUCGGGUGGAUACUCGGCUGCUUGGGCUGUGCCGCUUGGUGCGCGGGCUUAUUUUGAGAUGAUGAGUUGUCAUGGUGAGACUGAGCCCUUGGUUCGGGCUCUCGUUAAUGAUCGUGUUGUGCCGCUGCAUGGGUGUGCGGCUGAUGGGUUGGGGAGGUGUCAGAGAAGCGACUUUGUGAAGGCACUGAGUUUUGCGAGGGGCCGGGGUGAUUGGGAUGCUUGCUAUAAAUGA